AUGGCGGAGUCGUCGGAGAACCUCUGCAGACCUGUGGGAGUGGCUGCGGAACACCACGGACCUCCCGGACUCACGGCGCGGGCCAAACGGCGGUCCCUAUGUGCAAGACGCAAGUUCAAGAAGAUGUUUCGCUGGGGAGACUUCCAUCCAACUCAAGACCGCAAACUCACCUACUCAUCACCGGGAAGAUCGUCGACCACGGCAACGGACUUUUCAAGCGUGUACUUCCGACACAACUCCACGGGUCAAGGAACGUCUAGGGGUUUUUGCCCGGACUACAACUACCACAGCGACACGCCGUACUUCCCUCCUGCUGACGGCGCGGAAAACUUGGAAAACACCAAAACUUGA